AUGGAUAAGGACCAACAAAAUAACAAGUCAAGAAUUCCUCAAUUAAGAAUGUCAAAACUUUCAUCGUCGAUACCUAGUAAAUUAUCAGCAACCGGAAGUAUGCUACAAGUGAAAAGUCGAGGAGUUGCUACGUCGACAAGUACAGAUAACUGUGGUUCACAAAUAGUUAAAACAACAAAUGUCAGUCAAGAAAAGAAACCAGCUGCAACAUCAAUAGCUCCUAAAACUUCAAAUCAUACUCGUCGAAGGUGGGCACCUAGUUCUUCUGUAAAGAAUUCAAAUAUAAAUAAAACUGUAAGAAAAGUUCGUCGUCCAGAUCCAGUUGCAAAACCUGCAACUAAAAGUAUUACAAUCGCACAAGAAAUGCCGAAACGAACUAUUUAUAAACCUGUGUUAAAACGAGCAAUAGGCAAAGACGUGAUGACGAACAACGAUAGACAAAGAGUUCCUCAAAAAAGGCCAAUAAUGUCAGCUCCUACCAUUAAAAAAAUGAACGAUGGUGUUAUAGUUGAUCGAAAUGUUCGAAGACGAGAAGCAUUAUCCGCUCGCGAACUCAAUGAACUUAAUAAUUUGCGUGAUCGAUUUUCUCAUUUAAAAGAUGAUAUUGGAGCAGCUGAAAUUACAAAGGCUGUUGCAAUUGCAGGUAGAACUGCACUUGAAUCUGAAAAAGAACGUCUUAAAAGAGAACAUAAUACACAUUUCAUAAAAGUAUGUCAUCUAGAACACGUUCUGGCAUGUGAGCAAUCAAAGACGGCAAGUUUUCUUGACCAAAUUGCUAAGCGCCAAUCAGAUUACGUUUUGAUAACCCGGGAGAAAGAAGAUCUAAUCAUAAACCUAACAAAACUAGAAGAAAAAACCAAUGAAGCUGACAAAGAACUCGAAGAACUAGAAAAGGAUUUAGCUAAUAGUGGCGCAGAACUUGAAGAAGCCAUAGCUCGACUUGACGUUAAACUCCGCGCUAAUGCUGAACUUAAAUCUACCGUGGAUCAAUUGAGGCUUUACAACCAAUUAUAG